GUCGUUUUAGUCAUUUUAAUAUCGAAAACUAAAAUAGUUUUCUUUUUUUGUUUGUGGGCCAUCGCAACUUAUGCCUACUGCACACUCACGAGAGGAUAAAAAGAAACUCAAUCUUUAUCAGAAUAGUUUAGAAAAGGCGAUAAAAGGAAGGGACGAAAAAGCUUUAUAUGAGUGGAUAACGUUGGUUACUGAAGAAGACAUCACUAUCCAUGGGGUUCGACAACUGAUAUCUCAAUUCUUGCAAGUGUCAAAGGAACUACCUUUGGAAACCCAAAAAAGUCUGUUGUCUCUUUUACUUGAACGAACUGAAGCCAGAUCGUUGAAUUCAGAAGAACUAAAUAUUCAAGUGAGAGAAACUUUGUCGAAGUUAUAUGAGACUUUAGGAGAUUUUUCCUCAGCAGCUCGAUUAUUGAUUCAAAUACCUUUGGAAGGAAGCAGUCGUAAUACAAACGAUGACUACAAAGUAAAAACUCUCAUUCAAAUUGCAAACUUGCUGUUCCUUUCAGGAGACGUGUCUUCGGCAGAGUCGUAUCUCAAUCGUGCAAGUGCAGGUUUGGCAGUAACUGAUAGGGACGAUUUGAAAUAUGCCUUCAAGGUCUGCCAUACCAGAAUUUUAGAGGCAAAGGGAAAGUUUUCUGAGGCUGCUUGGCAUUAUUAUGAACUUUCUCAAAGAAGCUUGAACCCUGAAGUAAUGGAAACCAAUGCACAAUAUGGUUACUUGGAUUUCUUGAAUCAUGCAGUUAUUUGUGCAAUAGUUUCACCUGCUGGACCUCAGCGGUCUCGAAUAUUGGCUGCCUUAUUUCGGGAUGACAGGACACAUUCUCUUAUAUCCUUUGAAAUGUUACAAGCAGUUUAUAUGGAUCGUCUUUUAAGAAGACCACAUAGGGAGACAUUUGCAAGGCUAUUGAAUGAAUACCAAUUUUAUCCUUUUCAAGUAGAUGGAAAGGAUAUAUUUGAACAAUCUUUUAUGGAGCACAACUUAUUAGCUGUUUCGAAAAUUUACAGUAAUAUUAAGUUGGACCAACUGGGUAAUCUAUUGCAGAUCUCCAGUGACGAAGCAGAAAGUUUAGCAGCUAAAAUGAUAUAUGAAGGUAGACUAAUGGGUACGAUAGACCAAGUCAAUCGCUUGGUGGAAUUUGAACAUUCAGUUGAAAUAGUUCAGUGGGACGCAAGAUUGGAAUCAUUCUGUCAAGAGGUUGACCAUUGCUAUGGAAGAAUUGUAAGGAUAUAUCCACAAGUUUUGAAUGAUGAACAAGUCAUGGAUUGGAACAGAUGAGAAUUACUAAAAUAGUUCCAGAACAACUAAUAUUCUAGAUACCUAUAAAGUUUCUACAUAUGGCUACAUAGAAAUUUCUUUGUGCCUUUAAACUCUGAUUCGUAGCAGUGAGUCCCAUUCCGUUUCGCUUGGAAAGAAAAAAAUGCAAUUGAGC